AUGGCAGGAGAUGACCAGCAGCUACUGCUGCCAAUGACAUAUGAUCCCGUCCAUGAUACAGCGCGCGAAAAGAAGGCGAACGAGAGACGUGACCGCAUCUUGGUGAUGUAUUCCAAGAUUUAUGCCGUCGCCAAGCUCUUCCUUGCUGUCUUGACAUCGUUUGCAGUCGAGAUGGAUGACGGAUCCACCAGCAUUACAUACCACGUCAAUCGAGUCGAGGCUCAAAUGACGCAGGACUCCAUCCCUCGUCUUCUCGAGACCAUAGAAGAUCUCUUUUAUAUCCUCAAUGCACACCUGAAUAUCGAGAUCUCCAACGUGCAGUUUUGCGAGAGUUUCCAGCGUGGCGCCAGUGGCGAUACAGAGCUUAUGCGCAACGGACGCACUCUGGCCCCUUUUAUUGUUGGAAAAUACCUUCCGAACACCACCCGCGUCCACAUGAUUUUCCAGGCAUGCAAACGCCUGCUGAAAUCAGAUGAUAUCUGCGGCCUUCUCGACAGAGAGCUCAUCCACAAGAAGCAAAUGGCUUAUGUGGAGAGAGUCAUCGAAGUCUAUGCCGCAAGCAACCUAGGCGUUAAUUGCCAUCUGGAUGACUUGCGAGUUUAUCGCGGAUAUAUCGAGCGGGUCGUGUCUUCUCGCGAAUCUCUGUCCGAAAAGGAGUGGACCGGCUUAGAUCCCAUGUACAGCUACGCACCCUGCAUGAUUCUCGCGACGAUGUCGGAGAAAUAUCUCCGUUUCACAAGCCAAAGGAACUCUAGCAACAGCAACCGCAACCACAACAGCAACCGCAACAGGCGCAGCAAUCACAGCUUCUACUACGCCCUCGCCACAGGCGCAGAUACAAUCAGCUCAACCCACCCAACAUCUACAAAGCACAAACACAGCAUCUCAACCAGCAGCUCCAACUUUUCCUUCACCUCCUUCUCCUCCUCCUCCUCCACCUCCUCCGCAAGCUCCACAGACCGCCUCCUCCCCAAGCACCGCUACAUCGAAGCAAACCGCGAAGCCGCCUACGCUAGACUCGAAGGCAUCUCCGUCGGCGAGUUCAGACGUUUCCAGGGCAAACGAUCCCUGCACGGAUACGUCCGCGACCAGCUUUGCGUCUGUCUGGGCCACUGCGUCUGCUCCCGCAAAUGCACCGUCAAGGAAGCCCCAGUCUGCCCCUGCACUGCUCACCUGAGCGAUCUCUCCGACGACGACGGCAUUGACGUGUUUGAUCAGAAACCGGUUGCCACGGAUCCGACGCGGUUUUUCUCGGAGCACUGUGCGGAUUUGGCACGUGAGUUGGCUGAUGGGUUGUGUACUGUUCGUGUGGGGCCGGAUAUGACCUUCUUCGAAGUUUAUAUUCAGAUUAAGAAGAGUGUUGGGGCUUUUCAUCAGGAGGUGUUGGCGCAUCGUGAGGAAAUGAUGAUGAUGAUGAUGAUGAUGAUGUAA